UGCACAAAGAUGAGGCUCGUCGUGAUCGCGGCGCUGUGUUUCCUGGCGCUGGCCGACGCCAGGAGAGCCAUCAGGAGCCGAGCCAGGCAGUUGCGCAGGAACGAAGUUAACGCGGAGCCGCAAGUAUGGGAUCCGCAGAUAAGCCCCGUGGAAGGGUUGCCAGCGGCAGCGAUUGCAGAAUCGCGUCAGUUCAGCCUCUUCCCGGGUUACGGAGGUCAAGGUGGUAGUUAUCCUGGCCAAGGCGGCAGCGGUUACCCCGGACAAGGCGGUGGCAGCUAUCCCGGGCAAGGUGGAGGCGGCAACGGUUACCCCGGACAAGGCACCGGCGGUGGUCAAGGCGAAGGCGAAAAUCAAGGCGAAACCGGAGGUCAAGGCCACGGCGGCGGUACCGGCGGUACCGGCGGUACCGGCGGUAGCGGUGGUACCGGUAGCUCGGGUGGUACCGGCGGUAGCGGUGGAACGGGUAGCACCAGUGGCACCGGUGGCUCGGGUGGUACCGGCAGUACCGGUGGUACCAGUACCAAUGGUGGGGGCGACGGGGACAACGAAAUUCCCAGACCUAUCCCCGGCAAACCCAAGCCACAGAGACCCCCAGGCUGCUUGAAAGAUCGCGGACAAUUCCCGAGUCCCAAAAGCUGCGCCCACUACGUCAACUGCUGGGACGACACCUCGGUCGAGGAAAAGUGCCCUAACGGGCUGCUAUUCAACGAGAAGAAGGCCUACUGCGACUUUGCGGACAAUGUCAACUGCGGCAACAGACCCAAGCCUGAGCCCCAGCAGCCCGGCGGUGGCUCCAAGCAAUGUCCCGAUCCGUUCGGCAGAUACAGGAGCCCGACCAACUGCUCCGAGUUUUUCGUGUGCGUCUCCGGAAAUCCCAUCAAGUUCAAUUGCCCCGAGGGACUCGUUUACAGCGAGGAAACGCUUAUUUGCGACUGGCCCUCUAAAGUGAACUGUGGCAAUCUGCCGACGCCAAAGCCACCCGCCCCUUCGAACGAAUGGAACCAAGGAGGCGGUGGUAACCAAGGCAGUGGUGGCCAUCAGGGUAGCGGUAGCCACCAAGGCAGCGGUGGCCACCAGGGUAGCGGUAGCCACCAGGGCAGCGGUGGUCACCAGGGCAGCGGUAGCCAUCAGGGCAGCGGUAGCCACCAGGGAGGCGGUAGUCACCAGGGCAGCGGUAGUCACCAGGGCAGCGGUGGCCACCAGAGCAGCGGUGGCCACCAGGGCAGCGGUAGCCACCAGGGAGGCGGUAGCCACCAGGGAGGCGGUAGUCACCAGGGAGGCGGUAGUCACCAGGGCAGCGGUGGCCACCAGGGCAGCGGUGGCCACCAGGGCAGCGGUGGCCACCAGGGCAGCGGUGGUCACCAGGGCAGCGGUAGUCACCAGGGAAGCGGUAGCCACCAGGGAAGCGGCGGUAGCCAGGGCAGCGGCGGUAGCCAGGGCAGCGGCGGCAACCAGAGUAGUGGUGGAAGUCAAGGAAGCGGCAGCAACCAGGGCAGUGGUGGAAGUCAAGGAAGCGGCAGCAACCAGGGCAGUGGUGGAAAUCAAGGAAGCGGUGGUGGAAGCAAUAAUGGAGGCGGUGACAAUCCCAACCCAUCGUAUCCUCAGCAACCACAGGCGCCCAACCCAUCGAACCCCUACAACCCGAACAACUUCUUGUUCAGAAAUCAACAUUUCUGGCAACAGCGACAGGCCAGUCUCGACGAGGACAUUCCUGCCCAAAAGGACGAGGAGAUCGGCGAGGAGCUGGAGGUCUCGACGAUGGCCAACGGUCCCUGGGAGGUGUUCCACACGAUUCCUCAGGAGUUGACCCAGGGACCGUGCGAGAACGGCGAGAUUCACAGACUGACCGAGUCGUGCUCGAGCGUGGUGGUCUGCAGGAACCGCAGGCCGCAGCUCGUCAACUGCCAGCCGGGUUACACGUACGACACGCUCACCGAGUCGUGCCGACCCUUCACCGUAGCCAAAUGCUAGUUGAGAGAC